AAACGAAGCCAUACCAAACAACCGAAACCGGAGUAAUCCAAACCCAAACUAGACACCAAACACUUAGCAUAAACUAAACACCAAACAUCCAGACUGAUAAACAAAAGGAAACCCCAGAAACCCAGAGAUUGAAGGAAUUCACCCAGAUCCAACCAAAACACAGCCCACCAACCAGAUCCAAGCAGACCACCCUCAAAACAACAGGGAACAAAGAAAACCAGAACGGAAAAGUGAAGAAACACCACUCAAGGUGACCAAACAAAGGGACACAACACUCCAGACUCUCUAUACAACGAGAAAACUCUUAUGUCAGAUAAACCCUUGACGGCGUAAGGAAACUUUGUUAUGACUUUUUCCGAUUGAUGUUUUUCAAAACAUCUACUAAGCAGGGAAAGUUCACACGGCUUGUCAAGCUUGUUCCCUCGAUAGUAUUCGUUUCUUGUCGGGGAGAGAAUUACGUUUGGUCUAAUCUGUACCAAAAACCCAUAUUCCUCUACAGCAAUAAUCUGUGUGCUCGUCUCUGCCUUCUCCUCUCUUUCUCUUUUGGCAGGAUGGGGGUUUACAUCAUAUGAUUUUCAACUGAUCAAGGAAAAUUUGCUGAAUUAGGAUAUCAAGAUCAGUUCUUGGGUUGGUGCUCUCCAUACGUUGGUUAUCAAGAUAAUAUGACUGAGCACUUUGGUAAUGCAAGUGCAAGCUCAAGCUCAAGCUCAAGUUUAAAUAGCAGUUCUCAUGAUACAGAGGAUGACCAAACCAUUGCCAAAAUUCUAGCAGAAGAUGAAAGUCAGAAAAAUGGUGGAAAGCUAGGGAAGAGACUUUCUCAUUUGGAUUCCAUCCCGCACACUCCGCGGGUAAAUGGGGAAAUACCUGAUGUGACUGAUGCAACCUUAGACCAUGAGCGGCUGUCAGAAAGGUUGGCCACAUAUGGUUUAACUGAACUUCAAAUGGAGGGAGACGGCAAUUGCCAGUUUCGAGCUCUUGCGGAUCAGUUGUUUCACAAUCCAGAGUACCACAAACAUGUAAGAAAGCAGGUUUUCAAGCAGCUAAAGCAUUUCAAAAAGUUAUAUGAAGCCUAUGUCCCGAUGAAGUACAAAAGCUACCUGAAGAAGAUGAAAAAAUCAGGGGAAUGGGGAGAUCAUGUUACUCUACAAGCAGCUGCAGACCGUUUUGAAGCAAAAAUAUCUGUAGUCACCUCAUUUCGAGACACCUGCUACAUUGAGAUUGUUCCCAAGGACAAAAAUCCUUCCAAAGAAUUAUGGCUGAGCUUUUGGAGUGAAGUACAUUAUAAUUCAUUGUAUGAACGCGGAGAAAUUCCUACUAGAGCACCCAAAAGAAAGCAUUGGCUUUUUUAGAGCUUGCAUCUACUGGUCAUUGAGUUCAUAAUGUACCAUCAACUUUGUUCAACAACUCUGUGUACCCAAAACAUCCUCCAAAUUUAAGUAAAUUUAUUUUGUAAAUGAAAA